AUGAGCGUCGACUUUACUGCUCUUGAUGAAAACGUUGAACCAAGCAAGCUUCCUGAGAGUUGGAAAAUUCUUCUCCGAGAGGCUGGAGUGAAAAAAAGGGACUUACAAAACCCCGAUACCCGAAAGAAGGUGUAUCAAUACAUGAGACAAUCUGUCUAUGUUAAACAAGCACAAGCGCAAUUAGAUCAAAGUAAUGUGACUUCACAUGAUAUGAGAAGGAUGUCUGUAUCUGUCAAACAGCGAUAUAAAGUAGUUGAAAGUAAAGGACGACCCUCGCAAUCGAUUUCAACGUCGAGUUCAUUUUCUUCGACCCUCAAAAAUUUGGACGAAGACUAUGCAGGCCAAACACAAGAAAUGCAACAAGAGAGGUUUAAGAGUGUCCAACCCAAACAAAGGGCUGAACACAAACAAUCGACGUUUUUACAAAAGCAACAAAGAGUCGCAAAAUUGACUGGAAAUACUAUACCACAACAACAAAGCACAAGUAGUACUUCCCCACAUACCCAACAACAACAAAAAGUUUGUGAAGAGAAGAAAGAAGUGAAACAAGAAACUCAUAAACAAACAACUCCAACCGCACAAGCUAAAAUUAAUAUCUAUAAACCUUCACAAUCAAAAUUACACACAUCUACGUCUAAUAAUAUGUUCGCUAAGAAAUCAUCACCAACAAGUACUACUACCACUACAACCCAACAAAAAACUAUUAAAUCACCACCUCCACCAUCUUCUACUACAAUUACUACAACCGGAGAAGACCAAAAACAACAAAAAAGUUUGAGUAAAUCAACUUCUGUUGCUCAAAAAAGCACAAGUGACAGUAUCGGCACUCUGAAUACAACACAACACAAAAGUCCACCCCCUUCAGUACUCUCGCAAAGCGCUAAAACUACAACUUCAUCACAAACGUACCACCAGAAGGCACAUAGUACCCAAUCCCCUUCUUCACCAAAUACAUUUAAAACGUCGGGGUCAGUAAAGGCGUGGGAAGAAAAACAAAAGACACAACAAGCUGCGCCGCAACUCACUCGAACGUCACAGAGUAAAUCAUACGAAAAACCAAAAUUCCAAAAACAGAACACAACGCCACUUUACACACAAAAGACUCAAACAACACAAGUCUCAAAGUCUGAAGUCAAAAGUCCAAGUCCAAAAGUUGAAGAGAAAAAAGUCGAUGAAGUCAAAGAGACACCAUUCGAGCCCAAAAAGUCACCGGAACCACAAAAAUGUGAGGAAAGUCUUAUUAACAAAUCUGAAGGAAGAAAAGAUAUUCAAAUUGAAGAGACAAAAAAAGAAGAAAAGAGUCAGGAAAUACCAAAACCAUCAUCGAAACCAACUCCACCAAUGAGAACACCAUCACCUAAGACUUCUUCUCCAACUUCUUCAUCUCCAAAAGCAACGAAAUCAUCUCCUCCAGUUCAACAAAAACUAUCGGCUUCACUUCGUUCAGCUGGAACGUCUGCGUCGAGUGCAACUAAACAAUCGACGACAUCAAGUAAUGAAGACGUUGAUCUGAGUAAAAUGACGUUUGUCCAACGACAAAGGUAUUUAGCGCAAAAACGCGAUAAAGAGUCGAAACAGACUGAAUUUGGGAAAACAAAAGUCUCAGAGAGUUCAGUGCCGAAUUAUCAUAUUAAAGAACCUUCAAAAGAUUUAUCAAAAGAUUCAAAAGAUUUCAAAAGUUUUUCAAAAAAUUCCACCGAAGACCAAAAAGAAGAGACUGAAGGUGUUGAUGUGGAAGCUAUGAGCUACGUUCAAAAGGAAAGAUAUUUGCGAGAGAAAUGGGAUAAGAAAGCGGAGAAAACAACCGCUAAAUCACUGGGAACGUCGAACUCGAAAUUCCACAUUACAGCUACUACUACUGAAGAACCUAAGGACAUUGUAUACCAAAACCAGAAGGUGGAAGAACCCUCGACAGUGGGAGAUAGUUGUAUGAAGCCGAGUUCAAUGAGUAAGUCAACUACGUCUUCUGAAAAUCCAACAAAAAGAAAAGCUUUAGCAAAGCCCGUUUCUAAGGCGGGGACUAUGACGGGCUCUUCUUCAUUAAAUGCAUACAUCCAACGACAAAAGGAGUUUGAAGAACAAGAAAAGGAGCGUGAGCACAUUCGUUUGGAGAUGCAACGGAAGCGUGAAGAAGUUCAGAGGAGACAAGAGGAAGUACGGCAACGUCUUGAAGCAGCGGAGCUUGAACAGAAGUCGAAAGAAGAGUAUAUAGCGCAAGAAGAAGCCAAUUUAAAGAAACAAGAACUCGAGCGCGUUAAAUUAGAAGAACAACGAAAGAAAGAAUUUGAAGAGGAAGAGAAGAAACGACAAGUUGAGAAACAGCGAAUUGAAGAACAAAAUCGAUUGAAAAAAAUGGAAGAAGAAAAGAAGAGAAAACAAGAGGAACUUGAAAAGAAGAAACAAGAGGAGAUCGAAAGAAAGGCCGCUGAGGAACAAAAGAGGAAAGAAGAGGAGGAACUUAAAAAGAAGGAACAAGAAGAACUCGUUAAGAAACAAGAACUUGAAAAGAAGAGGAGAUUGCUUGAAGAGGAACGAAAGAAGAAAGAGGUGGAACGACAGAAAAGGGAAUUGGAGAUUCAAAAGAAGAAAGAUGAGGAGGAACGAAUGGCGCGAAUAGAAGAAGAGAAAUUGCAACGAGAAAUUGAAGAGAAGAAGAAAGCGGAGGCGAUUGAACGCGCGAAGAUCGAAGCGGAGAAGAAGAGGAGACUUGAGGCGGAGAAACAGAAACGGAUAGAGGCUGAAAAUAAACGGAAGGCUGACGAGGAGAGGCAGCGUGCGGCACUCGAAGAAGCGAGAAAGAGAGAGGAGGAGAUUGCGAAGCGGAACGAGCAAGAACGUAUAGCGAAGGAAGCAGAGGAACAAAGGCGAUUAGAAGAAGAGCAGAAACGCUUAGAGGAAGAAGCGAAGAAGUUAGAAGAAGAGCAGAAGAGGCGAGAGGAGCAAACGCGAAUUGAGAAAGAGAAGCGAGAAGCUGAAGAGAAGAAGCGUCUUGAAGAAGUGAGACGUCAGAAAGAGCGGGAAGAGAAAGAACGAAAAGCUUUAGAAGAGAAACAGCGUAUAGAGUUAGAAGCGAAGAAGCGUCGAGAAUUAGAAGAAUUAAAGAAAUUGAAGGAACAAGAACGACUCAAAAAAGAAGCGGAGUUAAAAAAGAUUGAAGAGGAGGAACGAAAGAGAAAGGAGAUUGAAGAGAAGAUUUUGAAGGAGAAACAAGAGGAGGAACGGCGAGCGGAAGAGAAAAGAAAGAGAGAACUUGAAAAUCAAGAACGGGAAGAACAAGAGAGAUUGAGGAAAGAGGCGGAACGAAAGAAGAACGAGAUUGAAUUGGCGAAACGAAAGAAAGAGGAGGAGAUUGCGCGAAAGAAACUUGAAGCUGAGCAGCAACGAAUAGCCGAGGAGAAAAGGAAGAUGGAAGUUGAGAAACAACGACAAGAAGAAUUACAACGAAAACAACAAGAAGAAGCCGAACGUAAAGCGGAGUUGGAGCGCAUUGAACGCGAAGAAGAAGAGAAAGCGCGGAAAGAGCUUGAGUUGGUUGAAAAGAAACGCGUUGAGGAGGAAGAGAAGGCGCGGAAAGAACUUGAAGCGAAGAAGAAGAAGGCGGAGGAGGAACGGAAGAAAGUUCUGGAAGAGGAGCGACGGAAAGAGGAGGAAGAGCUUGAACAGAAACGGAAGGAACUUGAAAAUGAAGAGAAGAAGUUACGAGAAGAGGAAGAAUCUCGGAAACGAGCGAUUGAGGAACGAAAGAGAGUUGAGAUUGAGAAGAAGCGAAAAGAGGAGAACGAGCGACAAGUGAAAUUAGAAGAAGAGAAAAGGCGGAAAGAGAAAGAAGAAAAGGAGAAGAAAGAAGAAGAAGAGAAAGCGAAACGGGAAGCGGAAGAGCGCGAUAAGAUGUUUCUUGCGGAGAAGAAGAAAUGGGAAGAAGAACAACAAGCGAGGAUGGCGGAGUUUGAGGCGAUGAAAGCCGAAGUCGAGAAGAUGAGGAUGGAGAAACAACGACUCAAAGAUGAAGAAGCACGUCUGAAACAAGAGGCAGAGUCAUUGAAACGAGAAAAGGAACAAGUCAUGGCGUCGAAGAAUAAUGCUCUUCAAACGCCACUGGAACCACCACAAGGAUUAUUACCACCACCACCUGGAAUGGCACCACCAAUCGUCGAAUCAACAUCACCAAUACCUCAAGUGGCUUGUGGAGGAUUAUCGUUGGCGGAAAUGAUCGCGGCAAAACAAGGGAAUUUGAAGGCAGUAGAAGUCACGGAAAAGGUCCAACAAGAAGAUGAAGUCGUGUUGGCACUGAGAAGUAUUCUGACAGCGAGAAGAGUGGAUACUAAUGGAGCAGAAGACGAAGAUGAAAGUGACGAGGAAGAGGACGACUGGAGUGAGUAA